UUGCAAAGUCCCCACCUCGGCGCCUACAAAACUCGUUUGUUCCGAUUUUCGAGAUUCAGUCUGAGUGCGUCUCUCCGGCUGAGACUGCGCUAACGAUCGUUGUUACUGAAUCUCAGUAACGCGUCACUAUCGCGUUGCGAUAAGAUUGGCCCGCAAAUCUCCCUCGCGAUUUAUCAAACCGAUCGAUAGCACCGCUGAGGAUUUUUAUUACAUUCCGCCCUUCUCCACUAAGUGUCAAUACAAUUGAUCCGUUUCAUCGCGUGACUUACUCAUCGUGCUCGAUUGCGGACAAAAAACACACACGACGAGAAACUAAACUCUCGCACCUGAUAAUUUUCUCCUGCAGAAUGAGACCGAUCAGUGAUAUCGCGCCGAUCAUCGUCGCUCUAUGGCUGCUGACUGUAAGCGACCUGGCGCAAAGCAAGAAGCUAUUGAUCAUUACCCCAGCCCCGUCCUAUAGUCAUCAGAUAGUAUUUCGGGCAUUGAAUCUCGCUUUGCUUAAACGGGGACACGAGAUAGUAGCAUUGACUCCCAACGUCCUAAAUGAUCCUACACUGGCCAAUUACACAGAGAUAGAUUUUGGCUUUGAAUAUGAGAAGAUCGACGACACUGACUUUAGUCAGACUCGCUGGAACCUCACGCAGCUAGGCGGCUUGAAGACGAGAUUGCUGAGAUUGGGUCAUGACAUCGCAGAGGACGUGCUCAGUCAUCCCGACCUCGUCAAGUAUUACGCGAACGGGACUGACACGCGAUUCGACGCGGUAAUAGCGGAGAUGAUCAUGACUCCCGCGAUCUACAUGUUGGCGCACCGAUUCAAAGCUCCCUUGAUAGGUAUCAUGUCCAUGGACCUGCAAAAUUGCCAUCGCUUUAACCUCGGCAGCCCCGUGAUGCCGUCGCAUCCCUCCAACUGGGAGGUCGAGAACUUAGCGGGACUGCACCUGCCGUUCUGGAAACGAAUGGUUAACUUCGUCAAUGCUUGGUGGCGUAUAUACACGUGGUUCAGCUCCUUCGCGAACCAACAACAAAAGAUCGCCGAGAAAUACUUCGGCAAGGAUAUACCGCAUAUCGUGGACGUCGCGAAGAACAUGAGCCUCGUCCUGAUCGAUCAAGAGCCGCUGCUCGCGUACGCGAGGCCCGAGAUUCCGAACAUCGUGCACUUUAGCGGCCUGCACAUCUCCAAGAUCCCCCCGCCGUUAUCAAAAGAUCUGAAGGAUUUCUUGGACGGCGCGACCAACGGCUUCGUUUACAUGAGCCUGGGGUCGAACGUGAAGAGCAAAUUAUUGCCCAAGGGGAUGCUGCAGGUAUUCGUCAGCGCCUUCGCCAGCCUGCCGUACAGGGUCCUGUGGAAAUUCGAGGACAGCAACUUUAACGUGCCGUCUAACGUUUUCAUCUCAAAGUGGAUCCCGCAGCAGAGCGUGCUGGCCCACCCCAACAUCAAAUGCUUCAUCUAUCAAGGUGGCCUGCAGAGCACCGAGGAAGCGGUUCACUACGCCGUGCCACUCAUAGGAAUACCAUUCGUCUUCGAUCAGGUGUAUCAAGUGUUGAAGAUGGUCUCACUGGACGUCGCCAAACAGUUGGACAUAACGAAACUCACGACGUCGGAGCUGCGCAAGACCGUGCUAGAAGUCGCCGGCGAUAAGAGAUACAAAGAUAAGAUGUUGGAGCUGUCUGCCCUCACAAAGGACAAGCCUUACGAUAGCUUGGAGAACGUCAUAUGGUGGAUCGAGUACGUAAUGCGUCACAAUGGCGCACCCCACUUGCGUUUCAACGGAGCCGAUAGUGCGUGGUAUCAGCAAUUUGACUUAGACAUUAUCAUAUGCCUCUCGAUUGCGUUGUUUCUGGCUCUGUGCGUCUUCUUAGUCGUCCUGGUGCAGGGGUCGAGACUGUUGUACAAGUAUCACGAUAGGAUACCGCGAUUCGCGAUUACGAAAAAAGUCAAGUUGACUUAGCAAACUCUAUCGCGUAAGUCGAAUGAAAGCGACGAAUUGUGCUGUUGCUCAUUAUGGCUACGUUCCUUUGGUUACCACGUCGACUUAAGCAUGAUGCAGUUUAGCGAUAAGAUUACUCCGCUUAGAAAAUACAUAGGAGGGGAGGAGAGCGUGGAAAAAUGGCCUUUGCGAAAUAUUAUAUCAAACUGUGCCACUCGAUCGCGAGAGUGGACCUUUUUUCAGCUCGAAGAGAAUUCGGCUGUGGAUUUUACAGCGGAUUUUACAACGCCCGUCUAUACAAAAAAUAGGCGAGCGAGCCGGAGAAGGUGAAAGAGGACACAAAUUUCGGAACAGAGGCGAACGCAAACGAGUAUAAAACCGCCGGCUGAGCGAAGCGAGUUUUGCGAACGCAUGAAAUUACUCUCUCUCUCUCUCUCUCUCGAAGGCCAUCGCGUUUACUCGCAUGUAUUUAUAAAAUUACAAGACGUGGAAGGCUAAGACCAGAAAAGAGAUAGAUGUACAGAUAAAAUAGGUACAAAUAGGUAGAUGAAUAAAUAAGUAGACAUCGAGAAGAGGAGAAAGAGAAGGGAAGAGAGCUAAGAAAAGAUACAUCACAAGAUCAUUUUCUGCGAUUGGGCAGUACCAAGAGUAGCAAGUAAUCCCCAAUUUCUUAAAUAAAACAAUAACAUUCCUCAAAUAAAACAAUGAAAAUAAAAAAAAUGUAACGUUUCGGUACAUUUAUGUGUUACCGCAACUUUA